GACCUUUCUAGGGGUGCAGAGCGUGGAUCCCCCUUCGGCUCUCCGAAAAUGACCAAAGGAAGACGUUUCAAUCCGCCUGUAGACAAGGACGGGAACUGGUUCCUUCCAGAUGGGCCCCCACCGGCGACCCCCGAAUCUGUCACCAAGGCCAUGCUCAAGGAGGGCUCCUCGUCCUUCCUGUGUAGGCAAGUGGACUGCAAGCUGCCGUCCAUCUACAAAGUCCGGGAAAAGCGAGCAGUGGACAACAACUUCCCCUUCUCUGACCACGACAAUCGGCACCGAUUCCAGGACUUCGGACACUACCUGGACUUGGGCCUGGGACGUAAGAAGAUUUCCCCAGAGAAAAGGCAACAAGUAUCAAAAAAUUUCAACCUCUGGGCUAGUGACUAUGUUCCGUCCAGCCUGGACAGCUUUUCCAAUAACCAAAUAUCGUACGGCUACCGAGAAACCCCAGUGGUCCCGACAUACCGGCGCUUCCCAAGAGGUUACAAUGAAAAAUGGAGCAUUUAUAAAAGCAUUCAUGAGGAAAAGGAGAACCUUCUAAAAGGAGCCCAGAAGUAA